GAGACGCCGCGCUGCUUGGAUGCGACUACUGCGCGUGCGCGCAAGGGCUAGCGUUGGAGGCCGGCGUCGCUGCUGUCUCUACGACCAUCAUCCUGGGAUUUGUGUCUCGCGCUUUCUUCGUUCGCUGGUCGGCGGCUUCGGUCCACUCUCGCGCCCUCUGGGCAGCAAGAAAGGAGAGGUUUCGGAGGGGGCUGUUGAUCGCCGCCUUUAAGUUGCGGUCGGGGCGGCCAUGUCGGCCGGCGAGGUCGAACGCCUAGUGUCGGAGCUGAGCGGCGGGACUGGAGGGGAUGAGGAGGAAGAGUGGCUCUAUGGCGGCCCAUGGGACGUGCAUGUGCACAGUGAUUUGGCAAAGGAUCUAGAUGAAAACGAAGUUGAAAGGCCAGAAGAAGAAAAUGCCAGUGCUAAUCCUCCAUCUGGAGUUGAAGAUGAAACUGCUGAAAAUGGAGUACCAAAACCGAAAGUAACUGAGACUGAAGAUGACAGUGAUAGUGAUAGUGAUGAUGAUGAAGAUGAUGUUCAUGUCACUAUAGGCGACAUUAAAACAGGAGCACCACAGUAUGGAAGUUAUGGAACAGCACCUGUAAAUCUUAACAUCAAAACAGGUGGAAGAGUAUAUGGAACUACAGGAACAAAAGUCAAAGGGGUAGAUCUUGAUGCACCUGGAAGCAUUAAUGGAGUUCCACUCUUAGAGGUAGAUUUGGAUUCUUUUGAAGAUAAGCCAUGGCGUAAACCUGGUGCUGAUCUUUCUGAUUAUUUUAAUUAUGGAUUUAAUGAAGAUACCUGGAAAGCUUACUGCGAAAAACAAAAGAGAAUACGAAUGGGACUUGAAGUUAUACCGGUUACCUCUACUACAAAUAAAAUUACGGCCGAAGACUGUACUAUGGAAGUUACGCCAGGUGCAGAGAUACAAGACGGCAGAUUCAAUCUUUUUAAGGUACAGCAGGGAAGAACUGGGAACUCAGAGAAAGAAACACCUCUUCCUUCCACAAAAGCUGAGUUUUCUUCUCCUCCUUCUUUAUUCAAGUCGGGACCCCCACCAAGCAGAAACAGCACCUCCUCUCAGUCUCAGUCAAGUACUGCCUCCAGAAAAACCAGUUCAAGUGUUGGGAAGUGGCAGGAUCGAUAUGGGAGGUCUGAAUCACCUGAGUUAAGAAGAUUACCUGGAUCAAUUGAUGUUAUUGGUCAAACUAUAACUAUCAGCAGAGUAGAGGGAAGACGACGGGCAAAUGAAAACAGCAAUAUACAGGUUCUGUCUGAAAGAUCCACUACUGAAGUAGACAACAACUUUAGCAAACCACCUCCGUUUUUUCCUCCAGGAGCACCUCCCACCCAUCUUCCACCUCCUCCAUUUCUUCCACCUCCUCCAACUGUCAGCACUGCUCCACCUCUAAUUCCACCACCAGGUAUUCCAAUAACUGUACCACCUCCAGGUUUUCCUCCUCCACCAGGCGCUCCACCUCCAUCACUUAUACCAACAAUCGAAAGUGGACAUUCUUCUGGUUAUGAUAGUCGUUCUGCACGUGCUUUUCCGUAUGGCAAUGUUACCUUUCCCCACCUUCCUGGUUCAGCUCCCUCUUGGCCUAGCAUUGUGGACACCAGUAAGCAGUGGGACUACUACGCCAGAAGAGAGAAAGAUCGAGAUAGAGACAGAGACCGGGAUCGAGACCGAGAUCGUGAUCGGGACCGAGAAAGAGAACGCACCAGAGAGAGAGAAAGGGAACGAGAUCAUAGUCCCACACCAAGUGUUUUCAACAGAAAGAAAGAAAAAAAAGACAUGGAGAGAAGAAUUUCAGUUAAAGGACAUGAAAAGAAGACAGGUCUAGGAAGUGAUGAAGAACGUUAUAGAUAUAGGGAGUAUGCAGAAAGAGGCUAUGAGCGACACAGAGCGAGUCGAGAGAAAGAAGAGCGACACAGAGAAAGACGACACAGAGAGAAAGAAGAGACAAGACACAAGUCCUCUCGGAGUAAUAGUAGACGUCGCCAUGAAAGUGAAGAAGGGGACAGUCACAGGAGACAUAAGCACAAAAAAUCUAAAAGAAGCAAAGAAGGAAAAGAAGCUGGCAAUGAGCCUGCCCCUGAACAAGAGAACGCUGAAGUCGCACCUGCAGAAUAGGCAUAGUUACAUAGCCUUUUGUGUAUAAUAGUACCAGAAAUAGAUGCUAUAAAUCUUAUUUUUCUGGAUAAUGUUUAAGAAAUUUACCUUUAAUCUUGUUAUGUUCAUAUGCAAAGUUGGCCUUACUCCCCCCCAAAAAUAAAUAAAAGUAAAUUUUUCAUGUUAA